AUGAGUGGACUACCCGAUUCGGCGACGAACGAAGUCAUCAAGGGUACGUUCUCAAUAAUUAUUGAUCACUGCUCUAUCCACAGAGGUCUUAGGGAUUUGGAAUGACGACGGUAAAGCCGCCAUUGCCGAUCUGGAGUUGUCCAUUAAAAAGCGGCUUAAACGGUCACUGAAAAACUGUCAAAAAAGGCAAAGGAUUAGUAACAAUACCCAAGCCGACGGUAAGUGUUCUUCCAUUACCAAUUAAACACUACUCUUUAAUGUAGAUCCAACACCGGGAUCUUCAACAGGGAGCUCGACCAAUUCAACAAUGAAUAGCGCCAAUAUGGACGACUGA